GCCCUGAAGGGGGCGGUGAGGAGGGAGGGGAGUGAAGCCUGAGGCCCGGGUCCUGUCAUGGCCGCCCCGCGGACGGUUGCUGUUUUCGGCGCUUCCGGAUAUCAAGGUGGAUCAGUGGCGAUGGCCUUUUUGAAGGAUGGUUCAUUCAAGGUAAGAGCUAUUACUCGGAACCCAAGAAAAAAAGCAAUUCAAGAAUUAAAACAUCUUGGAGCUGAGAUUGUGAAAGCUGACCUGGACAAUGAAAAGAGCCUUUUGGAAGCACUGAAAGACGUAUAUGGAGUCUUCUUAGUCACAGACUACUGGGAGUAUAUGGACAAAGAUAGAGAAUUCCAACAGGGUAAGAGAGUAGCUGACAUUUGCAGCCAGUUUGACGUGAAGCAUAUUGUGUUCAGUGGGCUUGAGAAUGUAAAGAAGCUGACUGAUGGAAAGCUGGAUGUGCCACAUUUUGAUGGGAAGGGAGAGAUAGAAGAGUACUUCCGUGAAAUUGGUGCUCGCAUGACAAGUGUGAGAAUGCCUGACUACUUUGAAAAUUUUCUUCACGUGUUUAGACCUGUUAAGUCAGGCAAAGAAUAUUAUGUUCUAGAUAUUCCAAUGGGAGGAGUUCCAAUGGAUGGAAUGUCAGUAAAAGACUUGGGUGGAGUUGUGCUGGCCAUCUUCAAAAGCCCGGAAAAGUAUAUUGGGAAGGAGAUAGGCCUCAGCACUGACAAACUUAAAAUUGAGGAGUAUGCUGCAAUUAUGUCUCGACAUACUGGAAAAUCAAUUCAAGAUUCUAAGAUAUCAGUCAAGGAGUAUGAGGAACGGAAUUUUCCAGGAGCCCAAGAACUUGCCAAAAUGUUCCAGUUUUAUAUGAAACAGCCUGAUCGCAACAAGGAUCUGACGUUAAUGUUAAAUCCUGAGGCACAGUCCUUUGAAGAAUGGAUGUCACAAAACAAGAAUGCUUUUCUAAAUGACUGAAUGCCAAAUUUAAUUUUUAAUGUGGCUAAAUAUACUCUCAAUAAUCAUCUGAAAAUGAAUUCAGACUAGUAUCAGACAUGUGUUAUUCUGUAGGAGGUAUUAAAUAAGCAUUUUUCUUCAUUUAA